AUCUGAUUGCCUUCAGAGUUGUGCUUGUUCAAAACGCUCUUGGAAUAGAGCGUCAGGUGGAAGAUGCACCACACAAGGGCCCUCAGAUGCCCUCCCUCUCCACAUGCCCUGCAGCUACCCUCCUGACCCUGCUGUGGCAGCCUCCAGCCCUCUAAACAUGACCAGCCAUUGGAGUAGCUCAGUGGGUCUCUAGGCCUCAAAUCCUCCCAGUAUAUGAAGAAACUCAGAGGACAGCAUGUGACCUCUCCCGGUGACACUUGAGCAGCAAGAAGUGGCAAGAGAGCCUAGGCAGGUCUAUAUUUGGGCUUUCACUCAUGGCAGGCCUGUUGCUAUUUGCAGCAGGAAGCCAGCUCAUGUUACCAUCACCUCUGCACCCCAGCUGCAGAGUCCUGCUGUGAGACAGUCGGAGGCAGCCCUCUGGGGCGCACAGGUAACCCAGAGGGAGAUCCUCAGUUUUCCAGCCAUCAUCCAGAGACCUUGGAGGUAAAAGGAGACCCUGUGGACCCUUAAAUAAGCAGACCCCAGGACGCCCAGUGGGAGCUGCGGGGCAGGAACUCUGCAGGUGCAGAGGCGCCAUGGACGGGGAGGCUGCAGGGGCACCCGAACUGCGCCCAGCCCGGGCACCCCAGGACUUCCACUUCUACCCCAUGGAUCUGUAUGACCCCGAAGACCGGCUGCACCUCUUCCCGGAAGAACACUUGCAGACAGGGAGAGAAGUGCAGGCCGAGAUGACCGGCGAGCCCAAGGGGGCGGCCCCGAGAGACCUGGAGGAGGACGUGGAAGAGCUUGUCCAUUUAUACGCACUUGGAGACGGCAGCGAGUGGGACGCGGAGCUCGUGGACGGAAGCUCGCCCCAUCUGGAGGUUUGGGAGCAGCGGCCGCGCAUGGCCGGGGCGCACAGGGACUGGAGUCUGGGUGCCGAGGCCGAGGCCGGGGACCGGGGCUGCGCGGGUUGGGGUGCACCUGCCCCCAGCCGGGACCUGCGAGAAGCCUACAGGUACUCGCAUGGCCGGGCCAGCGAGGAGUACGAGUGCUAUGUGAUCCCCGAGGAGGAGGACGAGGAUGAAGCCGCCUUGGUCUUCUGCGUCACUUGCAAAGCUCCGGUGAGGGCAUUGGAGGUUUCUGAUGAGCACAGAGAGCACGAGGUGACCCCACUCAGCAAGGCCCUGGAAAGCGCCAAGGAUGAAAUUCACAAAAACAUGUUCAAAUUGGAAAAGCAGAUCAUCGAGAUGGAGAAUUUUGCAAAUCACUUGGAAGAGGUUUUCAUCACUGUGGAGGAGAACUUCGGAAGACAGGAACAAAACUUUGAGUCACAUUACAACGAGAUCUUAGAAACACUCGCUCAAAAAUAUGAAGAAAAAAUACAAGCUCUAGGGGAGAAAAAGAAAGCAAAGUUGGAAACCUUGUAUGGACAGCUGGUCAGCUGUGGGGAAAACCUCGACACCUGCAAGGAACUCAUGGAAAACAUAGAGGAGAUGUGCCAUGAGGAGAAGGUUGACUUCAUCAAGGACGCCGUGGCCAUGGCUGACAGACUUGGAAAAUUCUUGAAUACAGAAACAGAUGUGGAAAUCUCUGCACAGCCCGACUUUGAAGAUCAGACCUUGGACUUCUCUGACGUAGAGCAGCUGAUGGGCUCCAUUAACACCAUCCCAGCUCCUUCUGCUCCAGUGAUAAACCCACAGACCCCUAACUCAGCCACGGGAUCCUCUGUCCGUGUGUGCUGGAGCUUAUACUCUGAUGACACCGUGGAGAGCUAUCAGCUGUCCUAUCGGCCAAUGCAGGACAGCUUACCUGGGAAGGACCCAGAAGAGUUUACAAUGACUGUCAAAGAAACAUAUUGCUCAGUGACAAAUCUUAUGCCAAAUACCCAGUAUGAAUUUUGGGUCACAGCUCAGAACAGGACUGGCCCCAGCCCUGCCAGCGAGUGUGUGGUGUACAUGACAGCGCCUUCCCCGCCCAUCAUAAAAAGCAAAGAGAUACAGAGCUGCGAGGAGGCAGCGCUGAUUUGCUGGGAGUCCGGAAACCUGAAUCCCGUGGACUCUUACACAGUGGAACUGACCCAGGCAGAAACGCCUGAACCCUCAGGUGUAACCGAGUCAGUUGUGGGCAUCCCCACUUGCGAGUCCCUGGUGCAGUUGCAUCCCAGGCAGAGCUACACGGUCUACGUGCGAGCCCUCAACAUGGGGGGGCCCAGUGCAAGGAGCGACCCCGUGACGAUCUACACCACUGGCAGCUGCUUUCACCUGAAUGAGCACACCUGCCAUCCCUGGCUGACCAUCUCUGAAGACGGGUUGACUGUUGUGCGAAGCGAAAGGAAAACCCUCGCAAAGGAGCCGCUCCCUAGUAACACCCGGUUUACCAGGUGUGUUGCUGUCAUGGGGAAUCUAAUUCCAAUCAGAGGGCGCCAUUACUGGGAGGUGGAGGUGGAUGAGCGUGUGGACUACACGGUGGGUGUGGCCUUUGAAGAUGUCCCUAAACAGGACGACCUGGGAGCAAACUGCCUGUCUUGGUGCAUGAGGCACAGAUUUGCAUCAUCAAGGCAUAAGUAUGAGUUCCUGCAUAACAAGAUGACUCCAGACAUAAGAAUAACGGUGUCCCCCAGGAAGAUUGGCAUUCUGUUAGACUAUGAAAAUUCAAAAUUGUCAUUUUUCAAUGCGGACAUUUCUCAGCAUCUAUACACAUUCAGCUGUCAGUUCUACUGCUUUGUGCAUCCGUGUUUUUCUUUGGAAAAGCCUGGGUGUCUGAAGAUACAUAAUGGCAUUGCAAUGCCAAAGCAUGUUGCUUUCUAUUAGACCAUUUUGAUCCCCGACUUCCGUACCUACCCCUCUCAGCCACUCACCCCUCGACUGGUUGGACUUGGCAUUCAGGCACCAUGCACCAAGCACAACUUAUGGCUCACAUUCUCACCUGGCAGACUAGUGCACUGACACUUAUCUCACCUGACCUGGAUUCCAGUCCUGUGCACUGCCGCCUGUGUGAGAUAGGCUGGUCAUUACUAGGCCCGGCUGUAAAACGAGAGCUCAGCCAACAUGAACCCAGAGGUCUUUCAAGUUGUCAUAUUGUACACAUCUAUUGUUUAUAUGCAAAGUUACCUGAAUCUCCAAGGCCUUCAGAGCUCGGGAUGAGGGGCAGUGGAAAGGAAGGGAAAAGAUGCAUAAGUGUUAAUGGCUGCAGCACAUCUGUAACAUGUCACUAGCACCAGUAACAGACUUGAGGAGGCAGGGAGCUGUCCCCAACCAGAACCAGGGAAGCCAUGGACCAGCACCACCUAACCAGAUGUGCCUUCCCCUCUCCUAUCUUCCCGGCAGUUAACGGCACUGCAAUGAGCACUCUGAACACCCCGUUCCGAGGACUUACCCCACUUAAACUUUGAAAUGACCUCUACCAGGCCCAAUUCCAUGAAGGCAGGCAGUGUUUUAUUCAUCAUUCAACCCCUAAUGGCUAACAUGUCACAAACAGGUACACACCACAUAUAGACUAAAUUAGUAUCUUCUUCAUCCAACCACUGCUCUGCCUAUUGAUAUUAACAGCAGCUCAGAUACUUGAAUUAACAAGUCACCUUGAUGAUCUCACAGCUCCUUAUGUGUACACACACGACUGCCCUGCCAAGCUGGAUCACUACCCAGAAAUAAGGAAAGUAUAGCCAAUGAAGCACAGAGAUAGUUCAAGUUAUAGACACAUGUGUGUAUUCAAAACUGUUCUCAGCUACCAACAUAGAAACUGCCAGGUAGGAAGUAGGAUAUCAUAGGCAAGCCUGAAUUCAGGAUUCUAACAGGCUUUAUGGAAUAUUUCACAUGUAAUACGAACAUGAAUAAAAUGAUAAAAACUUAACACCUAUAAGGUUUAAGUGACAUUUUUAUUUGACCAAGAAAAAAAUAAUCUAGAAUUGCCACUGACCAUUAACAUUUAAGAUCCACUUAAGGCAGAUGACCAGCUUAAAGCAUCACAAUUAUUCUGCAUAAAGAACUUUUGAUUAAACAUGUUUCUUCUACAAGAAGAAAAAAAAACAAGUCUAGAACAGAACCAAACAAAACGUUUUCUGUAAAAUAUUCCAAUUCCUAAAAUACCAUGAAUAAUCUACUGAAAUUAAAUUUCAACAAGGGGCAGGAUUUACCUCAAGGCCAUGUUCACCAGCAACCUGCCGAUAAAUCUGUUAAAAGACAAAACAAAAAAAACUAUUUUUAAAAGUCAGAUCAUUAUAGCUGCAAUCCCUGGCUCUGCAGUUAAAACAUGUCAAUCUGUUCUUACCUGUAUCACUUUAUAACCCUUGAGCAAGUUAUUAACAUAAGCUUAGGCUUCCCUCAAUAAAGGGGAACAAGAAUAUGGAGAAUAACCACAGAAUCCUAGUGUAAACUAACAUGGGCUUAGUAAUUCAGAAUAGUCAGAUUUUAAGACACCUGGUGAAGGGACUGGAAAGUUGGUUUGGAGACUUGAGAUAUAAGAUGACAUUGGUUCCUGGUAAAAUUAAAUUGCCUUUUUUGGAAAAGUGUAUGUUUAAUAGUUGACUUCCUGCUGGUUCAGACAAUGAUAUGCAAUCACUUGUACACAUCCAAUAAAAUAUUUCAGAAGCACA